CGAUCUGAGACCACCCUAUGCAGCUACGCAGUUCCGGUUAAACGUCAAAUUCGGGCUGUUGAGCAGAAGAACAUAGACCGGACUGACUGGUCUACAAGCGGACACUUUCAGGGAGCAGGCCACGAAAAUGUCUUUCAUAUUUGAUUGGCUGUACAGAGGAUUCAACAGUGUGUUACAAUUAUUAGGACUCUAUAAAAAGUCGGGGAAAUUAGUUUUUCUUGGAUUAGACAAUGCCGGAAAAACAACAUUAUUGCACAUGCUUAAAGAUGAUCGACUUGGGCAGCAUGUUCCAACACUUCACCCUACAUCUGAGGAACUGUCUAUUGCUGGGAUGACUUUCACAACAUUUGACCUGGGUGGUCAUGCUCAAGCAAGAAGAGUUUGGAAGAAUUAUCUUCCAGCAAUAAAUGGGAUAGUGUAUCUUGUUGACUGUGCUGACCACGAACGACUACUAGAAGCCAAAAUUGAGUUAGAUGCCCUCUUAACCGAUGAAACCAUCUCCAAUGUGCCAAUCCUUAUUUUGGGGAAUAAAAUUGACCGGCCAGAAGCAAUUAGUGAGGAUGGGCUGAGAGGAAUGUUUGGUCUUUAUGGACACACCACUGGAAAGGGGAAUGCAUCACUGAAAGAACUCAACCUGAGGCCAAUGGAAGUCUUUAUGUGCAGUGUGUUGAAGAGACAAGGAUAUGGUGAAGGUUUUCGAUGGCUAUCUCAGUAUAUUGAUUAACAUAUUUAAUGUGGUUAUUAAUUCAUAACUCGUGUAUCCUUAUUUAUUAAUUGAUUAUUUAUCUUGUAAUGAAACUAGGUAACCAGGGGUGUUAUACACAGUAUAUAUAAAUAUUAUCUGAGCCUAUGAAAUCUAGUGUGGCGAUAGGUCAGAUCAGUAUCUGAGAUAUGCAUUUAAUAAUAAGCUACAGUAGCAAUUACUUACACUUUUAUUUCUUAAAGACAUAAUGUAUGCUGUUUACUUUUCUAAAAGGGUUAAAGAUACAGCAUCCUUAAACAGUUGACUGAGCUGGGUUAUUUUAAGGAUUGGCAUCCUGUAACAAAACACAUUUUUUUACACGGGUGUCAGUUUUAUACCCUGCCAAAAAGUUAAACAUAACUGUACAUUUGAAUCACUUCUAAUCAGGUGAAUAUUACUUGUGCUGUGAAUUUCUGAUGUCACGUUCAGUAGAUGAUACAGAAUCAGUGUUUUUGUUUUCAUAUUGCAUUACCUCAGUGCCUUAAAUGCUGGUGGCUUUUCCUAGUGCUGUAUUCCCCACCUGUUCAAAGGAAAUACUUCUGAAGGUGUGGACUGCCAAUGUAUGCUUGCUUAUCAAAUUUGGCAGAUAUUUACAAUGACAUAUUUAUAUAAAGGUUUGAUUUGUAUGUAGUAUUUUGAUACGUGCUGAUGAAUUACUCUUCAUUUUCAGUGGUGUUUCUACAUUAGCCUGUUUCAACACUAAACUACCUGAAUAAUUGUGCAAUGAGUACUUUUUGACUGUCAGCUGUGCUUUAUUUGCAGUUAUGGCAUGAGAGUACAUAGGCUUUUUUAGUUCUUGCCUGAGCAAUAGA